AUGACCGACACUUUGGACGGCUCCGGAAAUGGUUCUUCAAUCCUCAAUAGCAAAGGAAUUACUCACAUCAUUCAUGCUGGGCCAAAAGAACGGUCAAAAUUUCCUAGCGAUGAGGAAUUUGUUGAAUGCGUAGUCAAAUCCGUCCAAAAUUGUAUUAUUCUAGCGGAGAGAAAUAAUUUCGAAAAAUUGGCUGUUCCUCUCGUUGGUGGAGACAUAUUUCUUGGUAAAGCCGACAUUGAAAAGUUGGCAGAAGGAAUAAUCCGUGGAGUUGCUAAUCAAUUAGCCGAGUGUCAAAAAGUAAAAGAAAUUAUGUUGAUAGACUUUGACAAAAAACCUCCAUACUUAUUUUUAAAAAAAAUUCAGCAGUUAGAGAAAGAAUUGUUUAGUACUACGGUUCCACUGAGUGCUGAUCGCUUUAUAGGAAUAUUAAAAAACAAUAAUAAAACAAAUUCAUGGAUUGGACAACAAAAAACAAUAAAAGUUAAGGUCGGAGAUAUCCGAGAUAAAAAUCUACAUAGUUGCUCCGCUAUUGUUAAUGCGGCUAAUACUUAUUAUGGUAUGGGAAGUGGGCUUGCUGGUGCUAUUAAGGCGCAAACUGGUAAUGCAGGAAAGAUAAACGCCAAGGCUAAAGAGUUAAUUAGUGAGUUCAAUUCUUUGAUAGACGAUAGUAGUGGACCAGAACAACCAAAACCCAAUCCAAAACCAGGUGAUAACCCCAAACCUGGAAAAAAACAACCCUCCGACGACUCCCAAGGACCCGCUCCUGACAAUGGAAACGGAAAUAACGACAACGAGGACAAUGGGAAAGACGACAGCCAAGAACCCACUGAUAAAGGCCCAAAAAAAGAUACUGACCAAAGUCCUAACGAGUGGAGGGAAGAAUUAAAAAAUAUUGACCCAAAUUUGGAGCAAUCUUUCACCGAUACCAAAAUUGCCGAAUGA